AGAGAGAUCCCAGCAAAUUGGCAAUCAAAUUACACAUUAUUGGUGGCAUGAUAGUGAUUUAACAUUAAUACAUUCCCUACUUUAGAAUGAAAGUCUGAAGACAAGCCCUGUCAGUGACCGUUCUUUCAGCACUCCAUCCCUCUGACAAGAGGAAUAGCAAGCGAUUUGAGGACAGCUGAACAUGAUACACGAAGAGAAGUGUCAUGCAGAAUAUGUUAAACACAAUUAGCCCAAAUAGUUAGUAGGGCUUUUGCGUCAUGCUCAUGACAUGCCUUGAAAUAAGAUGUUGUCCAUGCUCCAAUUAUGAACUGCACUAGAGCUCGAGGACUAUGUGAAGGAGUGUUUUUUCGUUUGUGUAUUGUGAACGGGUAAGAGAACUGCGGUGGAAGGACACCUCUUGUGGAUGUUCCCAACAGAUAUCCUUGCACUGGGUAAUCCAGCAGUCUCUUAGCAUCUUACCAAUAGGAGAAAAGGAGCAGUCAUUUCGUGGCAGUUCAGCAGCCUGUUCCUGAUAUUGUCGCAGGCAUCUAAAAGUCAAGACGGGCCAUGAGUGAGGUCCAGGAUAGGGAUUGUGAUCGCCAGAACUCCCAUGUUGACAGGAGAUGGGACAGUCAGUUGUCAUUUCUCCCAGACAAGCUACAACAGAGACUGAUGCCAUUCCAAAAGGAGGGGGUCAAAUUCGCCCUAUCAAAGAAUGGAAGGUGUAUGAUCGCAGAUGAGAUGGGUCUGGGGAAGACGGUUCAGGCUAUCUCUGUGGCCUACGCCUACAGACAGGAGUGGCCUCUGCUCAUCGUGGUGCCCUCCUCUCUAAAGUACCUCUGGAUCGAGGAGAUGGAGAGGUGGAUACCUGAGCUCAACCCUGGAGAUAUUAACCUGGUGGAGACCAAGAGGGACACGCUGGGGAUCAGUAGCAGUAAGGUAACAGUGUUGGGUUACGGGCUGCUCACCACAGAUGCACGCCCCCUGGUGGAGGCUCUGACCAGACAGAGGUUUAAUGUGGUGGUGGUGGAUGAAUCCCACUACCUCAAGUCCAGGAACGCAGCCAGGUCUAAGAUACUGGUACCACUCAUCCAGAACGCCAAGCGGGCCAUCCUACUGACGGGCACCCCGGCCCUGGGACGGCCAGAGGAGCUCUUUAUGCAGAUAGAGGCUCUCUAUCCUAGGAUGUUUGGAACGUGGAGUGACUAUGCCAAACAAUACUGUAACGCCCACUACAGGUUCCUUGGUAACAGGAGACAGUGGGACUGUCGUGGUGCCUCUCAUCUAGAGGAACUCCACCAGCGUCUCAGUGAGAUCAUGAUCCGGAGGCUGAAGGUCCAGGUCCUCCCCCAGCUACCCCCCAAAAUACGCCAGCGCAUCCCCUUCGACCUGCCCAAAGACGCUGCCAAGGAGGCGAGCGGCAGCUUGGAGGAGUGGGAGCGCCUGAUGAGGACGAUGGGUUCGGGGGUCUCUGCCACGGACAACCCCUUCGCUGAAGUCAUGGGGCUCGUGACACGCAUGUACAAACAGACCGCCAUCGCUAAGGCCGGAGCAGUGAAAGACUACAUAAAGAUGCUGCUGGAAACUGAGAAGUUAAAGUUCCUGGUGUUCGCUCAUCACCUGACCAUGCUACAGGCAUGUAGCGAGGCUGUCAUCGAAGCCAAGGCCAGUUACAUCCGUAUCGAUGGCAGUGUUCCAUCCUCAGAGCGUAUCCACCUGGUUCACCAGUUCCAGAAUGACCCUGAGACGCGUGUGGCCGUCCUCAGCAUACAGGCUGCUGGGCAGGGCCUGACGUUCACAGCGGCCACUCACGUGGUGUUUGCUGAGCUGUACUGGAACCCUGGCCAUGUGAAGCAGGCUGAGGACCGGGCGCACCGCAUCGGACAGACCGCCUCCGUCCACGUGCACUACCUCAUCGCCAAGGGAACCUUUGACACCGUCAUGUGGGGCAUGCUCAACAGGAAGGAAACGGUAACAGGCAGUACUCUGAACGGUAAGAAGGAGUACUUAAAGGCAGAGUUGGGGGAUAAGGACAAAUGGGACUUCCUGAAUUUCGCCGAGGCGUGGACACCAAGCGAGACGACCCUGGCAGCGGUUGAGAAUGACAAAGAUCCUGUGUUCUUUAACCAUUUUGAAAAGGACAAACAGCACGACAUUCGUUCGUUCUUCUCUCCGGACGCUGGUAAAGAGAAGAAGAGGAAGAGAACAGAGGGUGAGGUUUGCCUAUCCCCCGUUACCCCCUCAGAGAAGGAGGGUUCUAUAGAUGUGGAGAACCCAGAGAACGACAAGGAGAAAAUCUUCAACUCCCAAGAUCCCCCUGACCUCCAGGACCUAGACUUCUCUCCCCAGGUGAAGAGGCUGCGGCUGCCCACCCCCAGCGCUACCCACAGCCCCAGGUCUCGUCUUGGGGGGAAGAGGAGGUCCCUCCAUGGGGGGAGAGACACCAGCAGCAGCCCCCUGGCCUCUUUGUUUACCCCCCGUCGGCUCUCUGAUAAAGGGACCCCGAAACCAAGGCUGAGUCCCAGACCAGGACCACCAGAUCAGGGGAAGGGAGAUGAGUGGAGUUGUGGGGCCUGUACUUACUCCAACAGCAUCCUGCUCCUUUACUGUGAGCUGUGUGAGUCCCCACUCCACAGGCCCAGCACUGCUCCAGACACACAAUCUACAGGUUCACCUGCUGUGUCCGCAGGCUCCAGGCCUGACCAGUCCACCCCUAGAGAACACCCCUGGAUGCUCCUCUCUGGGUCGGACAGCGAGCAGAAGGACCCUCCCUGUCCUGGUCCUGCCUCGCCCGGGACAACUGAACCACAGACAGACGGUCAACCGAGAGGGCAGGAGGAGGAGAGACAGACAGACGGUCAACCGAGAGAGCAGGAGGAGAGACAGACAGACGGUCAGCAGAGAGAGCAGGAGGAGGAGAGACAGACAGACGGUCAACAGAGAGAGCAGGAGGAGGAGGAGAGACAGACAGACGGUCAACAGAGAGAGCAGGAGGAGGAGGAGAGACAGACAGACGGUCAACAGAGAGAGCAGGAGGAGGAGGAGAGACAGACAGACGGUCAACAGAGAGAGCAGGAGGAGGAGAAGCUCAAAGGCAAACAAUCACCAGGAGAGAACCAGUCAGCCCCUCAUGAGCACACUGAUGCCCAGACAGACAGUGUAUCUAGUCCUGCUGAUGACACUACGGCCAGUCUCCCCCUGUACCCCAACAUGAAGUUCUGCGCCAGCAAGAACACUGAGCGUAUCUACCUUUACUCCCAGGAGGACAGUCCACUGCACUGGAAUUUCAUUCCUCUGGACAUUAAACUGGACAGCUGGGAGGACCUGCCUGAAGCCUUCAGACGCAGAGAGAACAGGACUCAGGUACUGAGGUUUGUCCAGCAGUGGAGCACUCUGACAGCCAUGAAGCAGAGACUGAUCCGCCGCAGUGGUCUCCUGUUCUGCAGCCCAGUCCUGGCCCUGGACCAACUGACCAGCACCCAGCGCAAACACAGCAGCACCAAGAGGUAUCUAACCAAAGAAGAUGUGUCCCAGGCCUCUCUCAGUAAGGCCCAGUGUGAUGGAGGAACUGUUCGCAUGGUCAACAAGGAGAUCUUCUUCACCAAGAGGAGAACUACCUCUAUGUCACGACCCAACACCUCUGCCUCCGUCCCAGAGAAACCAUCUGAGGUGCACCCAGAGCCUCCUGUUGGUGCUCCUGAGGGCCCGUCAGAGGCUGAAGCUGGGUACCUGCAGGUGCUGGACAGUGAGGGUCGAGCCUUGUGUCUGUCCUGCCACAAGGCCUGUGGGUCCACCGGAGGAGCCUGGGACAACUGCUUCUGUAGCCAGACUUGUCAGGAGGAGUUUCAGCUACGCUCCAGCCAGGCCUACAUGCGCGCCCGGGUACUGCAGACGGAGCAGGGGGUGUGUCAGAGCUGCGGCCUGCAAGCCCACCAGCUGUACCUGAAGGUCCGCGACGCCCCGCCCACACACAGGAAGGAGAUGCUAGAGAACACCUGGCUGGCCCAGCUGUCACUCAAACAGCUGAAUGAGAUGAUCCGUGCCCCCGUGGAGGGUCAGUUCUGGCAGGUGGACCACAUCCGACCCGUCUACAGUGGGGGAGGACAGUGUUCCCUGGACAACCUACAGACACUCUGCACCGUCUGUCACAGAACCAGGACAGCUCAGCAAGCCAAAGACAGAAGCCAGAUGAAGAAAGGACUGGCAGCCUCCAAGGUGGCUUCAGACAUCACUCGCUUCUUCAUAAAGAAAUGAAGAUUAAAACAAAAUGUUUUCCUCAAGGAAGGAGGGAAGGUUGGAGGAGUACUGAGUGACAUAGGAAGGAUGCUUCUUGAGUGUGUUGUCAUCUCUGUGAAGAAGGCUACAUGUCACAGUUGGUUCUCAAUGCUGCCACUACUGUCCAUGUUAUGGAUUCACCAGCAAUCCAAUGUAGAGGCACAUGGCCUCCUUCCUUUAAUUCCAUCAUGUUCAAGUUGGGUCAUUGUGUUGGUGUGAAGACUGUUCUUUCGGGUUGGUUUUGUUGAGUUACCUGAAUAGAUUUGACUAAACAAUGCUGCCUGUAUCAAAUGCAAAUGUUCCACAUGCACCGCUACGCUCCUUCCCAUGUUGUCCCCGAACCGUCAGCAGGGAGCCUGGGUUGAUUUAUAACGGGCUUAUCUAGCUCAGAUACAGGCUGAACUGAACCAAGCUGGGCAGGCUGCUGCCUGUUUCAUUUGCCAGCCUGCCUGCCAGCCUGCCGAGCGCUCGCUGCUAUUUUAGGUUGUGCAAACUUGGUAGAAAAACCCUGAUAUGUGUGAUGCUCUAGUUUACAUCUUGACAGGAUAUCACAAGCAAGUGUUUUCCUUCAUGUCCUCUACAUGUAGCCUAGUUAAUAGUGUCCUCUACAUGUAGCCUAGUUAAUAGUGUCUUUAUGUCCUCUACAUGUAGUCUAGUUAAUAGUGUCUUUAUGUCCUCUACAUGUAGUCUAGUUAAUAGUGUCUUUAUGUCCUCUACAUGUAGUCUAGUUAAUAGUGUCUUCAUGUAGUCUAGUUAAUAGUGUCCUCUACAUGUAGUCUAGUUAAUAGUGUCUUUAUGUCCUCUACAUGUAGUCUAGUUAAUAGUGUCUUUAUGUCCUCUACAUGUAGUCUAGUUAAUAGUGUCUUUAUGUCCUCUACAUGUAGUCUAGUUAAUAGUGUCUUCAUGUAGUCUAGUUAAUAGUGUCCUCUACAUGUAGUCUAGUUAAUAGUGUCUUUAUGUCCUCUACAUGUAGCCUAGUUAAUAGUGUCUUUAUGUCCUCUACAUGUAGCCUAGUUAAUAGUGUCCUCUACAUGUAGUCUAGUUAAUAGUGUCUUUAUGUCCUCUACAUGUAGUCUAGUUAAUAGUGUCUUCAUGUCCUCUACAUGUAGUCUAGUUGAUAGUGUCCUCUACAUGUAGCCUAGUUAAUAGUGUCUUUAUGUCCUCUACAUGUAGUCUAGUUAAUAGUGUCUUUAUGUCCUCUACAUGUAGUCUAGUUAAUAGUGUCUUCAUGUCCUCUACAUGUAGUCUAGUUGAUAGUGUCCUCUACAUGUAGCCUAGUUAAUAGUGUCUUUAUGUCCUCUACAUGUAGUCUAGUUAAUAGUGUCUUUAUGUCCUCUACAUGUAGUCUAGUUAAUAGUGUCUUCAUGUCCUCUACAUGUAGUCUAGUUAAUAGUGUCUUUAUGUCCUCUACAUGUAGUCUAGUUAAUAGUGUCUUUAUGUCCUCUACAUGUAGUCUAGUUGAUAGUGUCUUUAUGUCCUCUACAUGUAGUCUAGUUAAUAGUGUCUUUAUGUCCUCUACAUGUAGUCUAGUUAAUAGUGUCUUUAUGUCCUCUACAUGUAGUCUAGUUAAUAGUGUCUUUAUGUCCUCUACAUGUAGUCUAGUUGAUAGUGUCUUUAUGUCCUCUACAUGUAGUCUAGUUAAUAGUGUCUUCAUGUAGUCUAGUUAAUAGUGUCUUCAUGUAGUCUAGUUAAUAGUGUCCUCUACAUGUAGUCUAGUUAAUAGUGUCCUCUACAUGUAGUCUAGUUAAUAGUGUCUUUAUGUUCUCUACAUGUAGUCUAGUUAAUAGUGUCUUUAUGUCCUCUACAUGUAGUCUAGUUGAAAGGUUUUCUGUGAUGUCUACUGUUUUAGCAGGAGUCUUGGAUUUGUUAGACUGAGCAUGAAUCUGUUGUCUGUGUGGUUGUUGUCUGUGUGGUUGUUGUCUGUGUGGUUGUUGUCUGUGUGGUUGUUUCAAAGCCAAACGUCUCUUAGGAGUUUUUUAAUAUAUAUUUUUUAAUCCUUUUAUUUAACUAGGCAAGUAAGUCAAUAACAAAUUUGUAUUUUACAAUGACGGCCUACCCCUCCCUAACACAGACGACGCUGGGCCAAUUGUGUGCCGCCCGGUUGUGAGACAGUGGGAUCGAACCAGGGUCUGGAGUGUAGGAGGGCUUUCGCAGGCAAACCAUUUGACCACUAUUAGGAAUGUACAGAAGAACUUCAUCUCACAGCAUAAAAUGUACUGUGCAAAUGUGCAUCGCUUAAAGUCCAACAGAAAGGUACUAAUAUCCACAUUCUGACAUGUCUAUCCAUCUUCCUGCCCCCCCUGUGUUAUUCUGAAAGAACUUAACUCAAUAAAGAAGAAAGAGAGAGGAAGGAAAGGUUACUAUGGAAACAGUAGACCUGUGUGUUGGUAAUCGGCAUUGCGGAGGGAGAAUAUUGAAUCAUUUUCACAGCUCCUCUGUUUAGAGUUCAGGCUACAGAUCAGCAGCUAGCUGCAAUCAAUCUCACCAGCCUCCUGUCUGCCAUCAGAGUAUCUCACCAGCCUCCUGUCUGUAUCAGUCUGCCAUCAGAUUAUCUCACCAGCCUCCUCUAUGUAUCAGUCUGCCCUUCAGAGUAUCUCACCAGCCUCCUGUCUGCCAUCAGAUUAUCUCACCAGCCUCCUGUCUGUAUCAGUCUGCCAUCAGAGUAUCUCACCAGCCUCCUGUCUGUAUCAGUCUGCCA